CCUCGACUUUCUGAGCAUGACCUAGCAACCCACCGGCCCUGUGGGAGAAGAGAACAAAAAGAAGCCUUGUCUUGCGAUCAACUACCUCAUGAUAAUAUUCCUUCGAGAUCAUUGAACUUGCAUUGCGUUACCUGGAAGUCAAAGCCGACACUGACCACCCCGUUACCAGGCAUCUGAUCGCGACCAUGUCUGAUUUCGAGGACGACAUGGAUGUGGAUGCCCCUGUGGCAUCAAACGACAUCACCUUUUCCUCCGAACACACCGCCAAGGGCAAGCGUAGUGCUGCCAACCUCCCCGUCGAAGCUGAGGAUUCGCUGCCAUGGGUUGAGAAAUACCGGCCCGUGUCGCUAUCUGAUGUCUCGGGCCACCAAGAUAUUCUAGCCACCAUCAACAAGUUUGUCGACUCGAACCGAUUACCGCAUCUACUACUCUACGGGCCACCGGGAACGGGAAAGACCUCCACUAUCUUAGCACUGGCCAGACGGAUCUAUGGAGCGGAAAACGUGCGACAAAUGGUCCUAGAACUGAACGCCUCCGACGACCGAGGUAUCGACGUCGUGCGCGAGCAGAUCAAGACAUUCGCGUCCACGAAACAGAUAUUCACUAUGGGCGGGGCGUCGCGUGCCGGUAGCAUGGCAGGCUUCAAGCUCAUCAUCCUAGAUGAGGCCGAUGCGAUGACCAACACAGCCCAGAUGGCCCUGCGACGGAUCAUGGAGAAGUACACGGCCAACACGCGAUUCUGUAUCAUCGCCAACUACGCGCACAAGCUGUCGCCCGCCCUGCUCUCUCGAUGUACCCGCUUCAGAUUCAGCCCUUUGAAGGAGGACGACAUACGGGUCUUGGUAGAUAGAGUUGUUCUCGAGGAAGGGGUCAACAUCUCGUCGGAAGCAACGGAUGCUUUGGUGAAGCUGAGCAAAGGUGAUAUGCGACGGGCGCUAAACGUCCUGCAAGCCUGCCACGCAUCAAGUACGCCUAUGCAGCCUCGAGGUGGCCCCAAGAUCGCCGAGAAGGACAUAGUAAGGGAAGUCAUCACGACCGAGACUAUCUACAACUGCAUAGCCGCCCCGCCGCCGGACGCAAUCGCGAAGAUUGCGAGCACGCUGCUCACCACGAGCGACGUAACCACGUGCCUUUCUACGAUCAACACGCUCAAGACGGCGAAUGGCCUCGCCCUGGCGGACAUAAUUACGGCCCUGUCAGAGCAGCUGGUGACGAUGGAGGUGAAGCCCGAAGUCAUGAUCCGAUGGCUUGACGGGCUGGCCGAGAUCGAGUACAGGGUUUCCGCGGGCGGGAGCGAGGCCAUUCAGACGGGGGCCGUGGUCGGCGUUGUAAGGGAGGGUUGCGAGCUCAUGGGAUAGAGUGGGAGGCGUACAGGAGACAAGGCGGUGACGAGACGAUACCAAUGAGGAGUGAGGGGGAUAGUGAAUGCAGAGACACGGGACGGAAGUGAAUUCCAGUAUUGAAAUGUGCGCGCAUGUGCCCGACUCCUCCAUCGGCAGCCUCCCAUGCGUGUCUCGCAUCGUGACCAUUUCACUGGUGGAAGUGCUUAUCUAGGACUUUCCAGAGGUAAGACAAAGGCGUAUCCAGGAUAGGCUCUUAUGGGGGCUUUUCCCGUGAUCGGGUUGCUGGGUGUCUACCUCAGGUACACGGUGGAGUACCUAAGGAGGUACCUACUAGGUGGGGACAGGGCGAGGCCUAACCCGGGCAGUUAAUAGGGCGUAUCUAGGUAGGUGGGUAGGUACCUAUAAGGCGGAUUACCUAUAAGGCGGGUAGGUACUUGGUGAUAACGAUGUUACCCUCGAUAAGCCCAUCCAUCGUGUUUAGCGGUAGGUAUAUAGGCAGAUCGGUCCGAUGUCAGUUAGGUAUAUAAAUAGCUCAGCGUCGCUUAUCCGCCCAGACUGGCCUCGCUCACUUCCUUCGCUAACCACC